GAACGGAUUAUACGCAUUCGAUUUUGUGAAUCGCAGCAACUCAUUAGAAUCGGCAAGCUCCCAGGCCAGAACUGCAGGGGUCUCGAUAUGGCGGGAAAAUGUCCCUAUAGUGAAGAGUCCCUGUCACAAUUAAACCUUAACGCUUCUUUGACCCCCCUCUUUCUCUGCCUGAAACGCUUUCCCCUUCUUCAAUCCCAUCCACCUGUGAUUGCCCUAGAAAUAUCUUAGCCGCAGCGUCAGUGAAUCUCAGGUACGGAGCGUAAUAAUUGUUCACCAACGGGUAGCGGAUUCUGCCUAAGGUUAUAUAGUUUGGUGGGAAAAUGGCGGAUGCGUUUGAAGAUGAACCCGAGCAAACUGUUUCGAUCCGAGAUUACCUUAAAGGAGUGGAGGAACAAGAGCUGGAAGCAGACCUGGUUUUGGCUGAUGAAGGCAAUGAAUGUACUUAUACCAAUGGUUAUAUAAAGAGACAGGCAGUGUUUUCAUGUCUGACUUGUACCCCAGAGGGAAAUGCCGGAGUUUGCACAGCUUGCUCCUUGUCUUGCCAUGAUUGUCACGAGACUGUGGAGCUGUGGACCAAGAGAAACUUUAGUGGAAAUUCAAAAUUUGGGGAUUUCUUCUGCAAGCUUUUUCCAAAUAAGGAUAUAGAGAAUGCUGAGAAUAUGUAUAAUCAUAACUUCAGAGGCUCAUAUUGCACUUGUGGUAGGCCUGAUCCUGAUGUUGAAGAGCCAGUAGAGAUGAUACAGUGCUGCUUUUGUGAGGACUGGUUUCGUGAGGAGCAUUUUGGUCUUGAGACUUCUAAUGAGGUUCCAGGAGAUGAGGAAAGUGAACCUCUGUAUGAGGAUUUUAUAUGUAGGACCUGCUCAACCAGUUUUUUGUUUCUGGGACUAUAUCCUCAGUCCAUAUGGGCAGCAGGGAGACAGUGUGAUGUUACCCUUGAUGCCGAUAAGCAUAAGAAUGUAAUAGAAGAUACAUCUGCAGCUUGUGGAUCUGGAAAAGUAGGGAAUGAUGUUGAUGCUCAUAAUAAUCCUAAAAUAGAUCAUUCUAACGCUAAUUCUGAGUCUGCAUCUAAUGUGAACGGUUUGUCUCUUGGAGAAGAUUCUCAGAAGAAGGUGGUUUCAAAUCAAUGUGUAAAAGAUGCCAGUACACAUCCCGCUUGUGUUCUUGGAGUUAACCUGGAGGCUGCUUCUCCUGAUUUAGACGGUAGACCACUUUUUCUUUCAAAAAACUGGCGUGAUGUCCUUUGCAGAUGUGAAAAGUGCCUGGUUGUUUACAAACAGAAGUGUAUUGCUUUUCUGCUGGACAAGGAGGACUCAAUUGUAGAGUACGAGAAAAUGGCAACACAGAAGAGGAAAGAGAAGUUGCUGCAACAGGAGGGCGCGGAGCUAAGUUUAUUUGAUAAACUUGGUCAUAUACAGAAAAUGGAGAUUCUAAGUGGCAUAGCUGAUAUGAAGGAUGAGAUUCGUGGUUUCCUGGAGUCAUUUGACUCAUCAAAAUCAAUCACAGCUGCUGAUGUCCACCAGGUGUUUGAGAAUCUUGCAUAGAAGCGCCGCCGCAUAGAGUGAGUUUUUUGUUGGAGUUUUACUGCAGUUGCAUGCACGUGAACCUUAAACUUCCCAGUUGACCAUAGAGCCUUCCAGGUUCAGAAUACAUGCACGACAUGGCUUUUAGGCCGUUCUAAGUUAGAAUACUGCUACCAUCGUUAACUGCUCUGACGUGUAAAAUUAUUUGUUUAUGAACUUCAAAAUGUAAUUGGGCAGUUUCUUGUGAACUGCUCUAGAUGCUCUGUUCUAGAGACGAGUGGAUCCUUUUGUACAGUGAUGUGCUGCAAUUCACAUGAACGUCUGAUCCUUGGGUCCUAGCCACUGGCAGAAGUAUGUUAUGGAAACCGUACUUACAUAAA